UUCGAAAGACCCGUCUCUUCAAAAUGAAGUUCCUACUGCUGUGUUCUGCGGCUCUGCUCCUGUUGGCCACUUCGGCCAUUACUAUACAAGCUGCAUUGGCGGAGGACCCUAUGAUACCAACUGCAUCUUCUGAAAACGCCUUUUCAACUAUUUACCAGAAACAGCUCGAAGAGGAUCCAAUCUCACACGAGGAUAAGAAACAGCUCGAGGACAAGUUAAAGCCUAAAAAGUCAGAACUAAGGAAGAAAAAUAUUGGAAAAAGAAAGCUCCAGGGAGAGCUCGCAAACGCUAAGGCAAGGCUUAAUAUCUUAGAAGACGAUAAGAAACCGCUCGAGGACAAAACGUCAGAACUAAAUAAGAAAAAUAUAGCCGCGGCCCGCGAACUAGAAGAGACCAAAAAGCAGCUCCAGGAGACGCAAUACAAGCUGGACAUGGAGAUAUCGCGGAAGGAGAAACGUAGGAAACCGAAACCAAAUCCAUACCCAUACCCAUACUCAUUCGAUCAAUACCAAUAAAAUGUGGAUAAUUUUGGGGAGUUGGCAACACCUUCAAA